GAUUGCCUCAUGAUCACCAAAAAGUGAAAUAACCACGAUGGAGAGUCGCGUUGGUCUCGACUAUAUUGUGGAGCACGCAGAAUACGCAGCAAAACUAGCUGCGGCCUUGUCUUCGCCCGCGGCUCCUGUCAAGAAGCAGGUCUUCGAACUUCUAUCGGCUCUGUGCGUCUACAAUUCUGAUGGCUACGCGCGAGCUGUGGACACCCUCGAACGAUAUAAGGUGCUGAAAAACGAGAGGUACCGGCUCAGCGUGGUGGUGGAGGAACUGAAAAAUGCCACGAGCACAGAAUACAAGACCGCAUUAGUAGCCUUCAUCAACUGCCUCAUCAUCUCUGCUCCACGCCUUCCUGACAGGACCCGGGUCAGGAAUGAGUUUAUAGGACUUGGACUUCUAUCAGUAUUAAAUAAUUUAAGACAUGAAGCAUCAAGCCAGCCUGAUCUAAGCGUGCAGUUGGAUGUGUUCGAAGAGCAGAGGGAGAGCGAUGAGGCCCAGGGACCAGGAGGAAUCAAUCUCAAUUCGCAUCUAGACGUAUUUUAUGCUAUACUUAAGCAGGUUUCGGACACACCGCAAGAAAUACCAUUUUUGAGCAUAUUGCAGCAUUUACUGAAGAUAGAUCCUAAGGAGGCAGUCAGCGACAUAGUCUGGGACACAGCAGAGACCCUGGUGCACAGAGCGACACUCCUGGAAUCGAGAGAAGACGCUGCUAAAUUACUUAGGGCUCCAAGUGUUCAGGCAAAAGUUGGGUGCACAUGUCAACACAGAGAUUCUUCGAGUGGCGCUCGGAAGCAGAGCCUUCAGAGAGCUCUGUCUCCACCACCGCCACCACCAGCACCGGCACCACCUCCUCCAUGUAUUCCACCACCACCUGCACCGAUGCUACCACCGCCUCCGCCGUGUGGACCGCCACCUCCCCCAGUCCCACCUCCCCUAUCGGCUCCAUCCGCUCCUAUUCCACCAGCUCCAGUAAUGGACCUAAAGCUGCCCCAACAAGAAACCCCUCUGCCUAAAACCAAAAUGAAAACUAUUAAUUGGAAUAAAAUACCUAACAGUAAGGUGGUGGGACAGAACAACAUCUGGUCAAUAGUAGCGACAAGUCACAAACACUCACCGAAAACAGAGUUGGACUGGAACGAAAUAGAAGAUCUAUUUUGUCAACAGAUUCAACCGACCGGCUCGGCGGGGUCGUCGCCUCGCUUGGGCCGUAGCCCCAUCUGCGACGCGUCCGGAGAAAAGAAACCGAGGAAAGAGUCCUCCGAGAUCACGCUCCUCGACGGCAAGAGGAGCCUUAACGUCAACAUAUUCUUAAAGCAGUUCCGAAGUUCCAAUGAAGAUAUUAUACAGUUAAUUAGAGAAGGUUCUCAUGACGAUAUCGGCACGGAAAAGCUUCGUGGACUUUUGAAGAUACUACCCGAAAUAGACGAGUGCGAGAUGCUUAAAGCGUUCUCCGGUGACGUCACAAAGCUCGGGAACGCGGAGAAGUUUCUGCUACAACUGAUACAAGUACCCAAUUACAAGUUACGUAUAGAAUGCAUGCUGCUGAAAGAGGAAUGGCCGUCCACUACUGGUUACUUGGAGAGCGCCAUCAACGCAAUCCUGGUUGCCGGAGAUGACCUCAUGUCUUCAAGAGCACUACAGGAGGUGCUGUAUAUAGCUUUAAUAGCUGGUAAUUUCCUCAACGCUGGUGGCUAUGCGGGCGGCGCGGCCGGUGUUAAGCUGUCCUCACUUCAGAAGCUACAGGACAUCAGGGCGAACAAGCCUGGAAUCACUCUCAUGCAUUAUGUGGCGCUGCAAGCAGAGCGCAAGAAUAAAGAACUGACACAUUUCGCGGAUGACACGCGGGUUUUGGAAGAAGCCGCUAAGGCAUCAGUCGAACAACUCCACAACGAGAUCAAGACCCUAGAGACCAGGAUCGGGGUGCUGAAGAAGGAUAUUUUGUUGCCAACCACCCAGCCUGAUAUUAGUCGGCAGAUGGGAGAGUUUCUAAAGGUCGCUGAACAAGAAAUAUCAGUACUGAAUAAAGAUAUGGAGGAAGUGGAAACCCUCCGGAAGCAGCUGGCGGAGUUCUUCUGCGAAGACUCCGUGUCCUUCAAACUUGAGGAAUGCUUUAAGAUAUUCGUGACGUUCUGCACGCGGUUCCGCGCGGCGGCUGCGGACAACGUGCGGCGCCGCGCUCACGACGAGCAGGCGGCCGCCCGGCGCCGCGCCCGCGACCUCAGCCUCGCCACGCACAAACUUAAGACCAGUAGCAGCGUCUGCUCAACUCCAGUAUCCGAUUGCGAGUCACUUAUGGAGUCCUUAUUGUUGGACAUUAGGAACGGUCUAGGCAGGCGGUCUUUACGGAAACCAAGAGACCCCUCUCCUUCACCUGACGUGACACCGACGGGCAGCCUCCGCCGCCGCAGCCGCGCCAGCCCUGGUGAUGAUGAAGAGGGUCUGUUGGAGUUCUUGAAGCACUCCGCGCCCGAGCGUGCCUUGUGGGGCAGCCUGGACCGGUCGUGGUCCCGGCGUGGUGCGGUCCGUGGGCGCCUGGAGCUCCCCGCCGAGCGCGAGCGGGAGCCCCCCGCGGUCCCCCCUACGUCUGCCCCCGCCGCGCCCCCCGCGCCCGAACCCCUCACCAAGCCGAAGGAAUGGAGACAGAAGAUAGAGUCGUGGUUGAGAGCGAACAGUCAAGAGGAGAAGAAAGAUGCGGAUCUACGUGAGCGAGCGAGACGGCUGCAGGCUAACAGACGGUCCUUGGAAAACGACUCCGAGAGCGGCACCCUGGAGGCUCUACCGGAGGGGGCGCGGGCCGACCUGCGCCGCGCGCUGCGCACCGACGUCGUCAGCGCCAUCGAGGCCGUCGAAGAUGUUCAGCCUCAAACGAAGGACACGCGGAUACCGUGGAGGAAAAUAGAAGAGAACGAAGAAGUUCGAAGACUGAGACGACAGAGGUCUAGACAGCAGAUAGAGUCGCCGCAACCUCUGGUCUCCAUCACCGAGGAAGAGAAACGAAAGCUACCCGACAUCACUAUCACCACAGUGAAAGAUGCAAAACCAGAAAUAGCAGAAAAGAAUGAUAAAAUUGAAAUAGAUUCAGACAAUAUAGAAACUCCACCAGUUCAAAGAAAAUUCUUCAACCCACCUCCAGAGAAAGAGCCAUGCCGGAAGUUCCAGACGUCACUACCAACGAAAAACCUCAACGAGAAAGCCACAGCAGAGAUGAGAGACCUUUGCCAAGAAAUCUUGGGAGACGGACAGUUCGAUAGAUUUUCGGCAGCAAGAAGAACGAGGAGAUACAAGAGGAAUCCUGACUCCAGUUCUCCUGAGGACGAGAAAAAGCCUGAGCCCUCCGAAUUAGUCGCCGAAACUCAACUCAUGCGGCCAUCCAAACUUGAGGUGCAAACCUCCUAUCCCGUGGAAGCAUCUCCCAUGCCAAAACCAGUAGAAAUGGUAAAAGAUGAGAAGGAGAGCAGACUGAAACGCUGGCAAGACAAACUCAAAAGUCACAGUACGGAGAAAACUGCUACCAAAGAAACCAAACCGUAUUCGAGGAUGAGGCGGCAGACUUCAAUAAACCAGGAGGAUGUCCAGAAAGCGAUAAGAGAACUCAAGUCUCCAACAGAAAGUCCGACGGGCGUAUGGUCUAGGAACGCGUACAGAAAAACUGUGGGUUCCAGAGUAGAGAAAGCGAAUGAAAGGACCACAUCUCCCAAAAUACCAAAAGUCAAAAGCGAACACGAAUUAAAUGAUGAAGGUUUUGAAGAAACUCAAAGCCUGAACUCGGAGAGCGCGUCUCAGGGAGCCUCAUCAGGAUGCAACGUAGAGUGUGACUCUCCCGUCCCCAAGAUCACGAAACUUCCUGUGAUCCCAAAGAAAGUGCCCACCAAAGACAUGAAAGUCCCUCCAAGAACUCCCAUCGAUCCGAAGCGCGCAGUACCUAAACGAACCAGCUCAUUGAGGGUUGAAAGGUCCACUUCCAGAACAUCAUUGAGGAGUUCCAGAAGUUCCUUGAACAGUUCUGUAUCAGUGGCUACCGUGAAGAAGGCUCCAGCGCCAGUCAAGCCAGCUCCUAAGCCAAUACCGAAGCCGAUACCAAGAAUGCCGGCUUCCCGUUCUUCUUCCAGCGGCAGUUCCGUAGGCGCUGCUAGACCUCCUCUGAAAACUGCAGCUAAGACAUCAGGGUUCAUGAGACCGACCCAAGCCUCAAAAGGAAGAGGGAGUCUGACGCCGCAACAGGUUAUUAGAGCCAGUGUCAAAUAAACAACACGACUGGAGAUUUGGGGUAACAUGUUUCAAGUCGAUCGAACGAACAAUCAAAAGGCAAAAAUACAUCUGAUAUGCCACAGGAGUCUAUAUAUUAAAAAGGAAUAUAUACAUGAUUAUUUUAAAAAAAAAGACAAAAAUAUAGUCAUGUGAUUAUCGCAUGACGCCAAUAUAUAAUUCUAAAGCGAAUGGAGAUAAAUAUAUAAAUACAUUUCCAUUGAUAAAGCUGGUGCUUAACAAACAUCUGUACUCACAAAUAUAAUUUACAAGGUGCAUAUAAAGAUCGAGUGGAUCUUUUAUACGAAGAAGAUUUGAAUUUUAGAAUAAUCGACUAAUAAUUUUAUUGAAAGGUUGCCAACUUCGUAUCAUUCCAAUUUUUAAGGUAAAUAAUUACAUUAGAUUCGACACGCGGCAACACUAACUCAUUUCAUCAUUGUCACUAACUCAUUUCAUCCUACUUUUGUUUAAGGCCGUCGGCUACUCGACCUUUUAGCCUGUGUUCAUUUAAUAAAACCUAUAAAAUUCAGCCAUUUUCUGAAUUUUUUUAAACACUUAACGGUCAAUAAUUCGCCAUUAUGAUUCGAAAACUGCGAUCGAGAGCUGAAGAAACGUUCAAAUUCCCGCCAAAGAUCUUUCUUUAAUGACAGUACAAAAACAGCGUUGUAAAACUCGAGGCAGUUCAAUAUAGAAAAAAAGUUCAAUGUAGUGUACGCGGUAUUAACUAUAGUUAUUAAUACGUGAAGCAAAAACUUUGUAUCCCUUUUUACGAAAAUUGCGCGGACGGAGGAAUAGGAAAUUUUCCACACUUAUAGAGAAUAUAGAGAAGA